AUGAAAAUCGAAUGCAAGUGGCCCGAAGUCGACUUUCGUCGUGCCAAAACGGGCGAUGCUGCCAAAGCACGCAGAAAAACCCCGCCAGGUGCUUCGACGCAGCGUUCUCCUGUAUCGGUCGAUCUCAAGCACCACAGCAGGCUCGACGCUAGCGUGUCCGACGACAAUGCCUACAGGCGCACCUCUGAUGGUGCACUGCCAGCUUCGCAGUCCAUGCCGACCGCGUCGUUCGCUCCGGCUGCCCUGCCAGUCUCCGAUUCCCAGGUCUCGAGCCCCAAAUCGAAUCGCGGAUAUCGCUAUCGCACCCAUUCCGAUGGCGAUCGACAAGCUCGCCACGCUGAAGCUCCUGUGCACGCCGCUCGUAGUCCAACCGAGCGCUUUGCGUAUCCUGGACCUCAGGAAAGGCGCGCGGAUCCGUAUGCUCGUGCCGAAGCAUACGCACGCCCUUACAGCUCCACUGGUAUGCCCGACGCGCGUCAAGAUGUGCCGAUGCUCGACGACCGUGCGCAGCCUUACCCGCAAGAGCACCGAGCACCCGUCUGGGAAGACCGCACCAGUCGACCGAUUCGAGCCUUGCCGGAACUUCGCCCUCCUCAACGCGAUCCAGCCGCCAUCCGGUGCAGGAACAGGGCAGCCCAAAUCGCCGUCCUUGCUCGUCCCGCUACCGACUCGGAGCGCAUUGCUGUAGAGGCUCACUUGAGCACGGAAUCGAACCUCGAGGAUCUCGCUGAUCAGGCUACGGCGGGUGAGCGCUUAGAUCAUGCCUUUGCAACCGACUGGGACGCGAUUGGCGGUCUUGCACCUGCAGCACGACGCCCUUUCAUGGAUGUCGCUGCUGGCCUAGUGGGCGUGCUCGAGAUCUCGGACAUGGAUGCGCAGCGAGGUCACGCUCGUGUUUCCGCAGAGUCAGUAGGUCGCCUGCAUCUCUUUCGACUGCGACACGGCUCGACGGACGCUGUUCCGGAUCUGCGUCACCUCAACAUCGCCAUGGAUCUACCCCUCGCCGAACGACGUGAGCUGCUCGAGACCACCUCGUCGCCGUACAACACGCUCAGCUAUCCUAUUCCCGUCGAUCGCCUUUCUCGGCCGCUUGUCGAGGUCAUGCGACGAGGUCAUCACGAAAAGCAAGAGGAGCAACAAGUCAAACAUGGGAGGGCCUCGAAUGUUGGAACUGGUGCGGCUCUGCGUUCCUUUCCGCCCCCUUCGGACAGCAUCCCCAUCGUGCGCAAAGAAGACAUCAAGCCACCACAAGCGAUCCAGGAGCUCUUCCUCCAGGCUUACAUUCGCGCCAUCGGAGAACAGAUGCCCGGCUUGAACACCAACGUGGUAGCAGCUCGCAUCCGCGAUGGCUCCAUUUCGGCGCUCCUCGCCAACGCGCUCUGUGCUAUUGGUGCGAGUCUCUACGAGCGUCGUGGCCAGCGCCCUAGCAUCGGCGAAGCGUUGAGCAGCAAAGUCUACGUCGAACGCGCGCGUGCCCUUCUCGGCGCGGCGAUUCAGAAUCCGGAUAUCGAGGCGAUCCUGGCGCUCGGUGUCAUGGCGAUCAGGGACAUUCUGCUGGGACAGACGAUCUCGGCUGCUGUGAUCGUGUCGUCAGCUGUUCGACUCUGUAUGCAGCUGGAUCUGCAUCGCUCACGUGCAAAGAAACCCCCUUCCACACAGGAGGGGGAUGAUGCCGUUACAAAGCUCAAGGCGGACGACAUGUUCUGGAUGAUCUACUGCUUGGACCGCAUCACCUCGAUCGCCACAGCCCGCCCGCUCGCCAUCAAGGACCGCGACAUCGACACGCCCUUUCCGGCCACCAUGCGCAACAACGAGCCGUGCAUCUUUGCGGCGCUGGUCCGACAGCUGCACUAUCUAGGCCGGCUAGUCGACAUCGCUGUCUCUGGUGCAGGCACGAAUGCUGAUCGCACACGCGACCUCGAGCUCGCAGCCAUCGCCGCCGACCUGAACGCACAUUACACCUCCCUGCCUGCCACACUCCUUCUCAGCAAGACCAACCUCAACCUCGCGCAGGACCGCGGCGAACCGCUGUCGUAUCUCCAGCUGCACCUCACGCAUCACCUCGCGCUGCUACACCGCUUCCUCCUUUCGCGGGGAGGCAUGACGAGCGGCGAGCAUGACGCAAUGCGUGCUGCGGCCGCGGCGGUGGUGCAGAUCUGCAAGAUGGGCGAGGAGGUGAAUGCGACGCUGCUGGCGGACACGCCGCUGAGUGCGGCCGCGUGCUUCUUGGCUGGAUGUGUGCAGCUGGCGGAGAUCGAGGCGGGGGAUGAUGAGGCAGCGCAGAGCGCGUUGGAGUGCGUGAUGACGACGCUGAGCAGGCACGCUGAGUUCUGGCCUGUAGCGGGUGGGCUAGCGGACGUGCUGCACGCCGAAAGGUCGAGGUUCAGAACGCAGCUGCUGUCGGCGAAAGCGCUGGGCAAGAUCGUGAGCCAGGUCGAGGCGGUGCACGUCGUGGUGCGGAGGCCCUCGGAGGAGUUGGAUGGUCAGCAGGCGGUAAAGGUGGUCAAGGUGGACGAUCUGGACGUCGUACGCGGUGCCUUUCCACAUCUGUGCUGA